AUGAAUCCGCGAACAGAAGCAACAGCUCAGACAGAACCUUCUUCCUCCAUUGAUGCAUCCGAAAUGUCUGCGCAGCAACAUGGAAGGGAUUCAACAGGAGGAACAGCUACAGUUCGUAAUCCGACUGGAUCGGUCACGAUGACGGUAACGGAUGCAGCGACAACGCGGCAUGAACCGGAGCCGUUGGUUCUAACCCUCCAGGCACACCCUUCGGUAAGAUGGGAAAAUGACGUCAUCGAUAAUGAAGGUAUGGGACGCAAGUCGUCGAAAAGGUGCUGCAUUUUUCACAAACAACGGCCGUUUGAUGAGAGUUCUACUGAUUCAUCUGAUCAAGACGGCAACGACGACCGAGACAAGAGAAAAAUUGCGCGCCCGAAGAAGAGUAAGGAAGUACCGGACUUUCAAAGAUAUCAUGCCUAAUCUUUUGCCUCAACCCUUUGACGGAAUAUGUGCUUAAGUUUGCGUGGGACAGGUUUCGAUGAAUGUGAAAUCAGUUAACAGAUAAUAGAACGAUGUCUUUUUAUUG